ACUUUCAUGAAGGUGCAAUGAACCUAGACAAAAGACAAAGCAUGACUCAUCCUAUUCCUAUCUUUCAACGAUCACAUUAUUAUCUCCUUAUUUUAUAAUUUUCUUUCGCUGGUUUUAAUCUUUUAACAAAAUUCAUCAUCAUGUCAACUGAAAGCUUGUUCAUACCAGUUAAACUGCCUCAACAAAAACACUACAACAAUGGCAUCACCUUCCCGGCUGUUCUGUCACCAAACCCUGAAAAAUUAUCCAACAACACAGUUCCUUUUUCCAGUGUUUUACAGGCUAUAAAAUCAUCAGCAGCAGCCCUGGAAAGUCUUCUUAGUGAAACAGGGGCGAUCCUGUUCAAGGGCUUCCCGGUUGUGUCAGCUUCUGAUUUCAAUGAUGUUGUCGAGGCUUUCGGGUUUCUUGAGCUGCCUUAUGUUGGUGGCGCCGCCCCGCGGAGUAAUGUCGUGGGACGGGUCUUUACGGCUAAUGAGUCUCCUCCUGAUCAGAAGAUUCCGUUUCAUCAUGAAAUGGCUCAGGUACCCGAGUUCCCGGCCAAAUUGUUCUUCUUUUGUGAAGUAGAACCAGGUAGCGGAGGAGAAACACCUAUUGUUCUUAGCCAUAUUAUUUAUGAGAGGAUGAAGGACAAGUACCCGGACUUUGUUGAAAAAUUGGAAGAUACCGGAUUGAUCUACACAAGAGUGCUGGGAGAAGAUGAUGAUCCUUCGUCUCCAAUUGGCCGUGGCUGGAAAUCUACGUUUUUGACCAAAGACAAGAGCGUUGCUGAGGAAAGAGCUGCUAAGCUGGGGAUGAAGUUGGAGUGGAUGGAGGAUUCAGUGAAGACUAUAAUGGGUCCAAUUCCAGCAAUCAAAUACGACAAGGAAAGGCAACGCAAGAUUUGGUUUAAUAGCAUGGUUGCUGCAUAUACCGGAUGGAAAGAUGCACGAAAUGAUCCUGUAAAAGCUGUCACAUUCGGAGAUGGUCAAGCAUUGCCAGCACAUAUUAUCUACGACUGCUUGAGGAUUCUUGAUGAGGAAAGUGUUGCCAUUCCUUGGCAGAAGGGGGAUGUUCUGCUGCUGGAUAAUCUGGCUGUUCUGCACUCCAGAAGAUCAUUUGAACCGCCACGACGAGUGCUGGCAUCACUUUGCAAGUGAAACGAGGUGGAGUUACUCCCACAGGCACCAGUGUGCUCCUCACUCUGUAUGUGCCUGACUGGCCAUUGAUGUUAUAUAUAGUUUUCUCUGAAUCAGAAUGACAUUUUGAUGCA